UACCUGUGGUGGCGCUGUCAGAACGAAUCGGGAGAGCUCGCUUUUCUUGUACGAAGCAUAAUUUCUCUUCUCUUCUACGCUUAUCCGUCAAUGGAGGGAAGAGCUGUUGUGUGUUGUAGUUGUCUAACUUGGUCUAGUUUUGGUAUCUCUGAGAUUGUCCCUUGAGAAGGACGGUUGGCUUUUGGCAGUUUUUACCUGCCGGAUUUGCACCAUGCCGGAUCUUAAAUCAAAUUUUGGAAGAUUCCUUUGUUCGGUUGCCAUUUUUGAAGCUUGCGUCCACUCAACGACAAUUAACGCCAAACAGGAAUUAAAGUCGUGGUUCGCCGACUUUACCGACUUGAAAUAUGAUUGCAAAAGGAGCGACACCAAAGACGUGGCGGUGGAUCAGGUUGAUGCCGUGAAGAUGGAAGGACCGGGAGGAGGGAGUGGAGAAAUAUUUUCCAUCGUCGAUUGCUCCCAACGUGGAGCUAUCUUUGGUUACAAUUAUCAGAGCAUGGAGAAGUCGAAGGUCAAGCGAGGUCCUUUCAAUGGCCAUGGCAUUCUGACCUUCCCGAGCCAUAUCAACGAUCACGGGAAAUUCAAACACGGCUUUAGAACGGGCCGAUGUCUAUCAAUUUCCCACCCGGGUAUUAGGUCAAUUUCGGGCAACUUUCUGGCUGAUCAGUUGGAGGGGCGAGUGAUACUCCAAUUCAAAGAUGACACCAUCCUAGUUGGUCAUGCGGAAAAUAAUCACUUGGUGGGGAUCUUGCGUUAUUUCGACAUGGAGCAGAGGAGAGGCUUCCUAAAUGCCUCUGCAAUCGAUGGAACACCGCUGCUCUCCAGCCAAAGCAAUGGAUAUCACCUCUUGUCCAUUUCGACGGAUGAUCGAGUUCUGCUGACGAAAGACUUUGAAUCGUUUUUGACUUGCCAGUCUACCGGCAAUGUCUAUCUUCAAGACUGCCAUCAAGUACUCGAUAUGACAAUUGAUCGGCAGCAAUGCGAUCUGUCUCUACGUGAUAUCGAACAAGCGCCCGAAUCUUUUGCCUUGAACCUUUUGACUAAUGAAAGAUCAAAUGCAGACGCAGGCCCGUUGCAUUCGUCAUUUUGUGCCAAUUCGAAUUGGCAAUCUAACAAGACAUUAGUGGCCAUGAAUCAUUGGCUGCUGGUUAUGCAGUCCCAUCUGAGCAAUCCUUUUUGGGAUAGUCCAUUUGAAGGACAGGCUCUAAAUUGGGAAGACCCAACAAUAUACAUUGAAUUGAAUCAUUACAAAUCCAGAAGGGGUUUAAACUCGUUCCCGUGUACCAUAUCCAGUCACAAGAUGGUGUUGCUGAAAUGCCAAGUGCGCAAUGGCGUGAUUCGGGCCAAAGUUCCGCGCUUCCAAGCCAUUCAGCUCCAACAGUUCUGGAAUAAUCCUGUCGUUAUUUCCUUCGAGACUUCCCUUCAAAGUAUGACAAGGGGCUCUGAUCAGACUGCAAGCUUUUUGACGGAAGAGAACCAAAUCCGACACGGCUUAAUUGGUCGAUUGAAAAAUGGUCGACUCCAUGGCCCGGUCAGGGGGUUUGGACGCGUGAGCAACGACCAACACAGCGAUUGUGGGGCGAAAAUUCGUGGUGGCGAGCUCGCCUACAUCGGCCUAUUCAAAGAUGGGGUGCCUGUUGGACACAGCUGGCGAGGAUUAAUUGGAGGUGCUUGGAUUCAUGGGGAGGUUGGUAUUGACGGGGAUUUCACGGGCGAAUCUAUCACCUACGUCUAUCCAGAUAUGAAGACUGCUUUUGUGGGACAAUUCAAACAAGGAAUUAUGAUUUCGGCCCAAGAGAGUGAAGUCACGGGCGAAAAAUGUCAGAAUGGUAUCAAGAUUCUUAAGUUCUCCUCGCCAACGGGACCAAAUUUUCAUUAUAAUCCUCCAACUAAAAAUUCUUUCGGCGAUCAGCCUUUACUAAGAGAUCCGUUGGACGUCCGAUACGUGCAUUUGAAGCCCUCAGAAGACUUGGACAAUGCAGGAGAAGGAGCUUUUGCAAAGUUUGACGUUCCCUCGGAAACCACCUUCUCGCUUUAUAGUGGUCGUAUCUUAAAUGACACGGAAUUAACGAACCUCCAAUCCAGGCAAAAAGCCGAACUCAAAGAAAAAAAUCUGACCAAUAUCCAGUUGGACGCGGCUUUACAAGACCUUUAUAAAUACAGGCUCAAUAUGGAAACUUGCUUAAAGAAAAUCGACAUACCUCCUGCCUUUGGACGGACCGAGACGUACAAUGCUACAGUCGGGCAUAAAGUGAAUCACCACUUUCUUCCUAGCGUGUCUUUCACGACCAUAGACAGUGCCAGAUUUGGAAUCGUCAUGGCCAUGAAAACGACUCGCAAAGUGAAACAAGACGAAGAAUAUUUGGUCAAUUAUCAAUACAGCCCUUCAUUUCCGUUGCCUUGGUUCCAAGAAAUGUAUCGAAAAUUUGCGCGGGAACAUCCAGAAUUAGUAAGUGAGGAGAUAUUGGUGGCCUUAAAUAAUCCCAAGGAGAACAUCACUCCAGACAUGAGAUCCGAGGAUAUCCAAAAUCUUACGCCUUCCAUUGCACUGACUCACCCUAAGUCAGAAUAG